GAUCUAUCAUAUCCCCUUAUCCAGAAAGCCAAUAGAAAGCAUGCCAGCUGCUAUGUCUUAACAACACCCAACACUUCUCAGUACCUUCUCUACUCCAACCAUGGCGUCCACGCUGGGCACGUCUUCAUUUGCUGUUCUUCCUUCACGCUGCCUCUCUUCCCCAUCUUCCAAGCCUUCCAUUCACACUCUCUCACUAACCUCAGGGCAGAGCUGUGGAAGGAAGUUUUAUGGAGGUAUUGGAAUCCAUGGCUUAAAGGGAAGGUCUCAGUUUUCAGUUGCUAGUGUUGCCACUGAAGUCAACUCUGUAGAACAGGUUCUGAAUAAGGUUUCUAAAGAAAGCCAGAGGCCAGUGUACCCGUUUGCUGCUAUAGUUGGACAGGAUGAGAUGAAACUUUGCCUUCUCCUUAAUGUGAUUGAUCCCAAGAUUGGAGGUGUAAUGAUCAUGGGGGACAGGGGAACAGGGAAGUCCACGACUGUUAGGUCUCUGGUUGAUUUACUUCCUGAAAUCAAGGUUGUUGCUGCUGACCCAUAUAACUCAGACCCAGAGGAUCCAGAAUUCAUGGGUGUUGAAGUGAGAGAGCGUAUAAUAAAAGGGGAGCAACUUGAUGUUGUCUUGACCAAAAUUAACAUGGUUGAUUUGCCAUUGGGAGCUACAGAAGAUAGAGUGUGUGGGACAAUUGACAUUGAAAAAGCUCUCACUGAGGGUGUCAAGGCAUUUGAGCCUGGUUUACUAGCUAAAGCCAAUAGGGGAAUCCUAUAUGUUGAUGAAGUUAAUCUUUUGGAUGAUCACUUGGUGGAUGUGUUGUUGGAUUCUGCAGCAUCAGGGUGGAACACAGUGGAGAGAGAGGGUAUUUCUAUCUCGCAUCCUGCGAGGUUUAUCCUAAUUGGCUCAGGUAACCCUGAAGAAGGGGAGCUCAGGCCACAGCUUCUGGAUAGGUUUGGAAUGCAUGCUCAAGUGGGGACUGUAAGGGAUGCUGAGCUCAGAGUGAAGAUUGUGGAGGAGAGAGGGAGAUUUGACAAGAACCCGAAGGAAUUCCGAGAGACUUACAAAGCUGAGCAGCAGAAGCUCACGGAUCAAAUCACCGCAGCAAGGAGUGUUCUUUCAGCUGUUCAGAUUGAUCAAGAUCUGAAGGUGAAAAUCUCCAAGGUUUGUGCUGAGUUGAAUGUGGAUGGAUUAAGAGGAGACAUAGUAACAAACAGAGCUGCCAAAGCUCUAGCUGCUCUCAAGGGAAGAGAUAAAGUAAGUGCAGAGGAUAUUGCUACUGUCAUCCCUAACUGCUUGAGACACCGCCUUCGAAAGGAUCCCUUGGAGUCAAUAGACUCAGGUUUACUAGUCACAGAGAAAUUUUAUGAAGUUUUCAGCUGAAAGUAAUAGAUUUAACACUCUGUCUACUGUCAUAUUUGAUGAGCAUAUUACUACAAUAUUUACAAUUUAACCUUUUCUGUGGGGAUUUUGAUUUUCCUUAUUUUGAGUAAGAUUCAUAAGGAAAUUCCUAGUCUUUUA